UGUUACGAUAAUCAUGUACAACCUGUCAAUCAUCUCACAGUGGAUGUUCAUAUUGUGGACCAGAACCCGAUCACAUUUGUUCGAGUCCCGCCAAUAAGGACCGAACAAGUCAAUUUAAUAUCGCCGGUAGAUGUCCCUCCUGGGUCAACCGUUACAUUUGGGCGAAAUCGUCGAUACUCUCACGUUAGAUACGCCCCCUCCAUUGACCACCAAACUGAAUAUUCACCUUUCGGUUUAUCAGGAACUUUGGUGGUCAGAUAUGACGUGGAAAGGACACAAAUGUUUGGAGAUAUUGCAAUCCACAACGGUUUUUUUGCUCAUCACUUUGCCCCGCCAUCACUUGCUGCUUUCCCCAAGUUAGUUGUAUUUGUGGUCGAUACUUCAGGUUCGAUGUUUGGCUACAAGCUUAAACAAGUCAAGCAAGCUUUGGCAGAUUCCUUGCGGUCGCUCAACAAUGAGGACCACUUCAACAUAGUCGUUUUUGGAGAUACAGCCGAGCCUUGGAUCAGUGGUGUUCUAUCUACAGCUUCAACACGCAGCAUCAACGACGCAAUUACUUACGUGGAUGCCGUCAGCGCCAGAGGCGGCACGAACAUGCUAGUAGCUUUGCAGACCGCAUUUGCGAUAAUGGAGCCGUAUUUACCGUCUUUACCAGAAAACGAAACAAUGGUGGAGGACACCACACCUUUCCCCACCCCCGUUCCGUUACAACCGGAAACCAAUCAUUUUAUCCGCAAGAGAGCGACAGAGACACAAACUGAAUUAUCCAACUAUGCCAAGAUGAUUGUAUUUCUUACAGACGGAAGACCAACUAAAGAUGAUGUUGGAACGGAUGACAUCGCGUCCAGGAUUGAGAAGAUCAACGGAGGAAGAGUCAACCUUCAUACAAUAGGGUUCGGAUCCUUGGUCGACAUGCGGUUCCUUGAGAAGCUUGCUGCCUUAAACGGAGGGGUCUCGAGACGAGUCUUUGAAAGUUUGGACGCCGCAACACAGAUCCGACAUUUCUUCGACGAAGUUUCUGCACCCGUCCUCACUGACGUCACGAUCGAAUAUGCCGCCGAUAAAGUUGGUGACGUCACCACCAAUGACGUAGACAUCUUGUUUUCCGGUACUGAGAUGGUAGUGGCUGGAAAAAUACUCGAGGGAGAAGAUUUGUCUGGAUUGGACGAACUUGGAGAGAGCAGACCAAGAAGACAGAUUACUGGAACGUUACGAGGGCGAUCUUUUGAAAACGAAAUCGAGAUGGAUUUCGAUAUUGAUCCCGAUGCGACUUCUAGUAUAACAGAGUCAACACACCAGAUACCAGAUUUCACGGAACGUUUGUGGGCAUUUUUGAAAGUCAAAAUGUUGCUGCGUUCCGCGAACAUUGCCCCGAAUGAAACAUUAAAGAAGUCACUAAGAGAAGAAGCUUUGAACAUGUCACUUAGUCACAAUUUCGUUACUCCUCUGACGUCACUCGUCGUGGUUCGACCUGAAGAUCGACGGAAGAUUGAAGAGGAGCUUAGAAAAGAGGCAGAGGCGGAAAAGAAGCGUUUGGAAGAGGAGAGACGCCUGGAGGAAGAAGCGAAGAGGAUUAGGAAGAAAAAGAAAAUGUUGCUGGUAUCGGAAGAUCAUCGUUUUAAACCCGAGUUUACAAGUUCUUUACGGUUUGAUGCGCCCGAAUCCUCAAUGAGAUCCAGGGGAGGAUUUUCCGGUGAUCCUCACUUUAUUGUUCCUCUUACUCCGAAGAUCAACCUCUGUUUUAACUGGGAUGGCGAGGAUGGAGAGAUAUUUAAUCUUCUGUAUGAUCCUGUAUCAAAAGUGAUGGUAAAUGGAGAUAUUGUGGCGAUCAAAUCACCUCCUGGUUCAAUGAAAACAGAACGAACAUAUAUUUCCAGCUUGUACAUUGUUAUACCACACAAAAACUUUAAGAUUUUGGUGCGGCCAUACAACGUAACGUUUAUGCCCGUGGGUGCUCAACCGUUCACGCUCCCUGUGACGUCACCUAUGACGUUUCGGCGAAAAGGGAUCACUUUCCAGAUGCAUGGUAUUACUAAUACACAUGCUCGCAUUGAUAUAGUGAUUGACGGGUUAAACUUUCAAGUGAUUUGCCGCCGAAACAACAGACAUCAGUUUUCAGCAGAUCACGUGGACCUAGCGGUGCGUAGCAGUGACUUUAGGUUCGGGGAGCAAGUGGACGGUGUUAUCGGUCAAUUCCUUAACAGUCAUGUUAUGCUAUUGGACGGUGAUUCGACAGACGACGCUGUUAUUCGGAUCGAUGAGCAGAUGGGACAAGUUAUUAGGACGACCAAAAGGAGACCAUCUGGCGACGGAAUGGUUGAUUGUUGGUUUGCUAGGAACAAUGCGAAAGGCCUUACACGUCGGGCUCACGAGCGUUACCGCGUGGACGAUAUUUUGUAUGAGCCGAAUUAUUGACCUUGGCGCGAGGUAGCGCUAUAGAGAGAAGCGAGUGAAAAAGUUUCCCAACAGCAUAUAUUCAACGAUCAGCAUAACUGCAAACACAACGUAUUCGACACAAAUGUGAUGCGCGUCUUAAGGCAAAACUUGCAGCAACCUACGCCAGUUUAUCUACUUUAUUAUAUAGCUCAAUCUCUUUUGUAUUUCCUACAUUUCGCUUUAUAUUGGAAGAAGAGUGUUUUCUUCGGUGACUUUUAUACAAUGCGAAGCAAUUGUCUCAUUUUAAACCUAUGUAAUAAAGGCAUGGAUAC